CAGACACAAGCAAACAUUUCACAUGUUAAUCUGUCCGUCCGUCUACCUAUCUAUAUUCAUUGGAGCACCAUCUCAACACCAUGUCUCUCCUUUUAGGGUUUGGAUUGAUGACCUGCAUAGCAUCAUCAGAGUCCAGCUCUGUGUUUGUGCUGAAGGGACAGGAUGUUCGUCUGGAUGUCCAGGAAAAUGUUCAACUGAAAGAGUUGGAGGUUUUUAAGUGGACCUUCAGAUCAGCCAAUAUUGUAAGAUGCUCUGACACAUUGUCAGUGAGAGUGUCUCCUGAGUACAACAACAGGGUUGAGUUUUAUAAGGGAAACUUCUCUCUGCUACUGAAGAACAUACAGGAAGGAGACAGUGGACCUUAUACUGCAGUAGUGAAUGGUGACAAAGAAAAUACUAUUAUUGCAUACCAGUUAAUUCUCCAAGAGAGAGUUGAGCCUCCACUCCUGACAGUGGACUCUGUCUCCCUCAUCAAUGGCAUCUGUAAUGUGACUGUGACCUGCAGAGGUCAGAACACCUCUGUCACCUCCAGCUGUAACAACAGCACCUGCUCUCAGGUGGGAGGAGAGAGUAGAUGGGCUGAGACCUCCACUGUCCCCCUGCUCUCUGUCUAUGUGGCAGGGGGUUCCAUCAUCUGUAACCACAGCAACCAGGUCAGCUGGGCCACUGAGUCCAAGAAGACAGUGGAACUCUGUCCAAUGAAAUCUGUGUCUCCCCCUGCUGGUAGCAUGUCUGUGUGCAUGCUGAAGAUCAUCCUGGUGUCUGUGGGGCUGGUCAUCAUGAUCUCUGCUGUCAUCACUGUCCACAUCAGGGACAGAUUCCACUAUGGAUAGAAUCAUGGGUAUUGUAUUUUUUCUACCUCAGACAAAGUGAUUUAGACUCAUGCUUCAUUACUGAAAAAGUAGAGAUUCAUGAUGAUUAUUAUCAGCAUUUUGUCUCAUCUGGUUUCCUUUUGGAAAGACUUGUUGGUCUUACUGGUCUUGGCCAAUCAGUUGACUGCGCUUCCCACAUAAAGCCUCCAGUUGCCUCGAUGGAUGAUCGAUCAGUCAACCUACUUUUGUAGAAAUCUUUGACACCUUUUGGAAGCAGACUAUGCUCUAUAAGGAGGAUGGGAUCCACCCUAAUCACUUGGGUGUCUGGAUCCUGUCUCAACACUACAAGGCAGCGUUGAGGCAUUGACUGAUCAAAUCAAGCUCCUCAAAGGGUAUUUACUCCCAUUAAAUAGCCUUGAUAUCAUUACGUCACAGCUUCUCAUGUUGAUAGUAAAUAGUAAUUUUGUGCCUGUUAAUUUAUUUUCAAUUGAUAGCUCUGUUAGCUCCCGUUAGCUCUGUUGUUGGCUCCACCUAUACAAUUAAUGGUUUUACAGUAUAUCAAGCUAUCGUUUUGCUACAUGUGCUCAUAAGCAUAGUGGUAUUGGUAAUAGUUAUAUUGUACUCAUUUACCUGAAUUCUAGUAUCAGCUCUGCAACUUUGAAUCCAACCAGGAAGCCCAUUGUGGCUAGCUCAUCUUGUUCUACUGACUCUUGUGUCACCAUGGAUACUCCUGCUGUUUUCAAAUCUCGCAGAAGGCUUGCACUGUUACAUUUAAAUGUGCCUGAUGUCUAAACUGGACGUUCUGGGUCCAUGACACUAGUCCAGAUGCUUUGUUUAUCUCAAGACCUGGCUGAAUAAUUUGAUUUGAUUUGAUUUUAUAAAGUGUAAUAUAAGUGUAUAUAAAGUGUAAUAUUGACACGUAAAUUGCAAAAUGUUAUACAUUUCAACUCUACUGUUUAUCUGAUAUGGUACUGCUGUCUUCUUUCAUUUAAACCCAUAACCAUGUGUGUGAGGUGUAUACUUUUGUUUCCAUAUAGAUUUGUUCAAACCAACAUGAAACACUCUGUGUGACCCUGAUUUAACCCACUGCAGUAAAAGGUUAAGAACAUCUGUCUUGAGUUCAGGUUAUAAGGAAUGCAAGUUCUUCCACCGAAGGUGGCUCCUCUCCCUGUUCGGGCGGUGCUCGGUGGUCGUCGUCGCCGGUCUACUAGCUGCCACCGAUCCCUUUUCUUUUUCGUUUGGUUUUGUAUGUCUUGUUGUGCACCUGUUUAGGGUAUUAGUGGGGUAUUUCAUCUCGUCCUACCCUCUUGGUUUUGUGCGGGAUUGUUCGUGUAGCUGUCAUUUGUUUGGGUUGCGUUUUGGUUUGUUCUGUUGAACAGGUGUUUUUCCUCCGGCACUACUUUCCUGUUGUUUUGUGGCUACUGUUGUGGUCCUGUUCCUGUUCUUUGGACAUGUAAAUAAAACGCCCUUUCUUGCAAUUCGUUCUCUCCUGCGCCUGACUCCACACCCACCUCUCCUAGGGAGAAACUGACAAAAGGACGGAUAAAUACAGGCGCGAGAUGUGAUUAAUAUUCCAGGGGUAGAGAGAGAGUGAGGGGUGGACAUAGAGGGGGCUUGGCCUAAAUCGCUGAGCAUCAUGAUAUGACGUGGGUUGGAACAGGCUAAUAAUAUAAUCAUAACUUCAAUAAAUUGCAGAAUUAUACACUGAGUGUACAAUACAUGCUCCUUCCAUGACAGACUGACCAGGUGAAUCUGGGUGAAAGCUAUGAUUCCUUAAUAAUGUCACUUGUUAAAUCCACUUCAAUCAGUGUAGAUGAAGGGGAGGAAACAGGUUACAGAGUUUUUAAGCCUUGAGACAAGGACUGUGUAUGAUUCAGAGGGUGAAUGGGCAAGACAAAAUAUUGAAGUGCCGUUGAAUGGGUAUGUUAGCAGGUGCAAGGUGCACCGGUUCGUGUGAAGAACUAGAAUGCUACUGUGUUUUUCUGUUUUUAUUUUGUGAUAUCCAGACCACCACCCAAAGGACAUCCAGCCAACUUGACACAACCAUGGGAAGCAUUGGAGUCAACAUGGGCCAGCAAGGCUGUGGAAUUAUUUUGACACCUUGUACAAUCAAUGCACCGACGAAUUGAGGCCAUUCUGAGGGCAAAAGGGGGUUUCAACUCAAUAUUAGGAAGGUGUCCUUCAUGUUUUGUACACUGAGUGUAUGUAUACCAGACAUAAGGAUUCUUUUUGGGGAACGAAAAGGAACAUUACUAACCAGAUCUCAAGAUUUGAAAAUAAUGUUUCUGUUCCGGAACCCAAGAGAUUAUUUUAGUUCACUGUUCUGUUUCUCUUCCUCUUCAAAUGUUUUUCUUUUUCAGUUUUCAGUUCUGUUCCCAGAACCAGUUACAACCCCUGCUAUAGACUCCCCAUGAAGAACACCAGCACA